AUGUCGAGCUGCGAAUUGUUGUACUGGAAGAACCCCGUGGAGACCGGUAAGGUUUUUGGCGGUGCUUUGGUGGCACUGCUCGUACUAAAGAAGGUCAACCUGCUCACUUUUUUGCUUCGGACCCUGUACACGGUGCUCCUAACCACUGCGUCGAUUGAGUUUCUCACCAACUUGUUUUUGGGACAGGGAUUGGUGAGCCGCUACCAGCCGCAGCGCUGUCCUGACACGGUCGCCUUCUUGAAGCCUCGUGUCGAUGCGUUUUUGACCCAACUACCUCCAUAUCAAACGAAGUUGCGCAAGCUGGCCAUGGCCCAGUCGCCUAAAUGCACCUUCAAAGCAGCUGGUGUUCUGUACGUUCUGCACAAGGUCUUUAGCGUCCUGUCUCUAUGGUCUACUCUUUUCAUCGGAACUGUUGCCCUUUUCACUGCACCCGUUAUCUACAAGACUUUCCAAAAGGAAAUCGACGCCACGGUUGCUCAAGGUGUUGAGGCCGGCAAAUACCACGCCUCCAAUUUGCAAUCCAACGUCUCCGAAAAGGCCUCUCCUUAUGUGAAGCAAUUGGACCAAAAAUUGGGCCCUGUUUCCGGUUUCAUCAAGUCCAAGCUACCAGCCACCAGAGUCGCCGGUUCCAACGUUACUGCUGAGUCGUCCACCGCAAAGUUGGCCGCUCAGGUCCCAUUGGAAGAGCCUGCUCAAGGCCAAACCUCUUCAGCCGACUUCCCAACCGCUCCCUCCACCCAUUUGGGCCACACUGUCACCGACACUACCACCGGUGUCGAGCAGGAAGUCAGCGAAGGUUUGAAAUAUGGAUCAUCUAUUUGA